AUGACGAGUAGACGAUUCUUUAUCGGACCAAUUCCAAAGGGCUGGUUACAGAACCACCGCAAAUCCUGGUUCAAAACUAGACUCCGGUUUAAGAAUUAUUCGUCAAAGACCGUUUCCUUCUCCUUGGACCCCGUUGUCGUUCCUCCCGACUCGGAUCAGCCACCAUCGCCAAUACCCGAACAGGAUGAAUCAGGAGAUACAACUGGAGAAAAUGAAAUAGAAACAGAAGAUGCAAAUGAAUCUAGUGGCCAGGAAACAGGAUCUCGGCCUCUUCGGACUAUAUCCCAUACAUUGGACGAGUCCAGUCAAAUUAUGGCCACGCCGGCAUCGAACACAGGUGGUUCCUCAAUUCCAAACCGAGACAAUUCCAAUUACAUAUCAGCUAAUAAACCAAAAGACGCUGCGUCUUAUUUUACCGCAAGAGAGCAGAGCUCAAGUGCACCCGAUGCAGGACAAUCCUCCCUAGGCCUGAAUAUCGAAGGACUGGAUCCAGGACAGGUUUCUGGGGAAGCAAGCAGACAAACAUUGAGUAUUCCCACCCAAAACGACCCUAGUCAGUUAAGUCCCGCAGCCUCUGCAAGUGAACUUGACUCAACAACCGAGUUGCUAAGGCCCCAAUCCCGGUUCAAAGGGAAAGGAAAACACCCUGGACCGUCAUCUACAAAUCUAGAGCGUCAAGAACCUCUAAGCGAAGAAGGUGAUGGGGAAGAAAGCCCGAGCAAUGGAGGGCAGUCAGAGCAAAAUAACAUGUUGCCCUUCUCCGGAAAGAUAGCCAAAUACAACCUAGAUGACAACCUCAUGGACAAAAAACGACGGCUCCGAGCCCGAGUGUCAAUGACCUACGGUACUUUUUCCGGGAAAAUACCACGUCGAAACAAGAUGCAGGAAGGUGAGAUUCUCAAAGCAGAGAAUAUGCUUAUUAGGGUGGAAGAGACGAUGCAGAAAGAACUCCCCGAGGACUACACUGAAAACGAUAGCCAGAGAAUGGAAACAAGAGUUGUGGAUAAAUGGCGAGAGUUCCUUGUGGUGUGUCGAAAAACCUCCGACGAGGACGCGCCCUUUUCACUCGAAAUGUACAGGACCCGCGUCAUACCGGAGCUCCAGAAAUCGGGCUCUAGAAUUGCUCCUUACUACAAAACGACUCUGGGCCGCAAACACUCGAGGGUAAACCUCUAUUCUUCUCUUGACAAAACCAUCGUUAUUUGGGGACCUUCCAAGUUAGGAACAAAGAUCUACAUCCUACGACCAAGAUCCACUGCUCAUGCAGUUGAAUGGUAUACCUUCAUCUGCCAAGUUCUUGGAUGGCGUCGACCAUCUUCUCUUCCGAUCAAUAUCCCAGACCUGGGCGUCUCUCUCAUCUUCAAUAACCCAUUCGUGCAGCCAGAGACAAAUGCCGACCCAAGGAAUAAUUCCACAUCAGACAGUGAUUCGCCUAAUCAGCCUAUGGUUGAAGAGCAGUAUGCGGCUGCAGCUAUCAUACGCGGGUGUAUAGAAAUGCUAGAAAGCCGCCCGGAAUGGACAGAGGUGUUGAAGGAAUGGUCGAAAACCGAGAAAAUGGGCCUUGCCUGGAAACGAUACGACAGACUAGAAUGGGUCUUUGGCGUGAAUGAAGAAAAGAUGUACGGGACAAUGGCAAUGCAGACAUCCCACGAACUCGAGUUAAGACCAAGACAGCACUAUUCCACAUCAAUAAAGAAUGACGAUGGGAAAGAAGAAGAGCCAGAGCCAGUGGAGGGAUUCUUGGUUCGUUUGACUUCGCAAAGAGGCGCACACCAACGGAUGAACAAGAUGUUUUUCAAGCGCUUAUACUUCUUCACCCAAGACCAUCAUCUGCUGUUCUGCAAGCCGUCAAAGUCUUUCCCACCAGCUCCUCCAAAGCUUUCUCUAUCAGACGACACGGCCGUGCCAUCAUCUCAACAAAUAUUAGAUGCAAUGCCUCUUUCCUACGGCAUAGACCCAUAUCCGUUGAAAAAUGGCGAAAUCAAAUGGCUUUCCAAGGGCAACAAAGAAUACACCAAGAGGAACGACGAAUAUGCCUAUGCGCAAUUGCAACGAAACCUUCACAAUCUUAAGGAGACCGAUGGAUAUGUCGACCUUUGCCGGGUACAAGAAGUACGGCGUGUUCAACGCGGCAGUAGUCCUGCUGAUCCAAAUAUUGACGGAGGACCGGAUGUUGGGUUCCAUCCUGAACCGAGAGAUACAAACCGUGAUGAUGGCGCGACAGACCAGUUUGAUGACGAGAGGACUUUUGAGAUGGCAAUGGACAACGGCCUUGUCAUGCGACUACAGGCAUACGAUACCACCACCAGGGAUGAAUGGAUGAAACGACUUGACGCCUUGGUGAAGUAUUGGAAAGCACGCUGCGGCGUAGACGCGGCGGAGCUGAAGAAUGUCCGACGGCGUAAUAUGGAUAUUUUGGAUGUCGAUGAAGAGACAGAAUCACUCAUUGGGCAAUUCGCAAGAAAAUGGGAGGUCAAAAAGACAGAGGCAUCACCGCAUUUGCACAAUAUGUGUGCUCUGUCUGGCUGCCGGCCAAUCAGGAUGUCUGGACAUCUUUACCGCAAGCCUCGUCGCCAUACGACAUUUAAACGGUGUAGUGUCAUUCUUACCGCUGGACAAAUGCUCAUUUUCCGAAGCUCGCUGCGGAAACGCAACGGCGUUGAAAUCCCUCAUAUACACCAGGAACUCGAAUCAAGCCUCGAUCUUCAGGACUGCUAUAUAUAUUCUGGCUUGUUGACAGAAAACGAUCUCCUGUAUGCGAAUCAGACAUUUGACAGCAAUCGCCCAGGUCGCCAUGCCUUGCCACGCGUGUAUCUCUCGACGGACGUCUACACAAGUUCCGAUGAAGACUCAGCCGUUACCUUUGUGGUUUGGCAACCAUUGAGGAAGAACUACUUCCGCGCCCGAGAAGCCGGAGACAAAGGAAAGGUGAAGAACACAUUAAAGCAGGUUUCCACAUUGGGUGUCCAUGGACGAACCGUGGUAUUCAAAGCACGAAGUCGGGUGGAAAAGGAUAUAUGGGUGUCGAGCAUCGCAUCUGAAAUAGAUCGGUUGCAGGAGGAAAGACAGGACGACAUUCGAAUUGUGUCAGGUUGA